ACCGUUAAAACAUUCUAAACGUGCCUAAAGCAAAAUCCCUCAUUCCUUCCUUCUUUCCCCCAUUCUUUCUAAAAAAAGAAAUUCAAUGCAGAAAAUUGGAGAAGAAAUAUAGCACAAAAAUUUGGGGACAAAAAGGAGGGAAUCAAUAUUGAAUAAAAAUAAUAAUGGCAUUUUCAUGGAGUUUCAUUGGAAUAAAUAUUUCUGUUUUUGUUUUGGUUGUAUCAUCAUCAUCAAUAGCACAUGCUGUAGAUAGCUCUUGCAGCAAUGACAUCCAUAAUAUGCUGUUGAAGUAUUUCGUUAAUGAAGGUACUAGGAAUUAUGAGCCAGUAGUUGGCUUAACUGCGGCAUUUGGGUCUGUAUUACCCACUGAUACUAAAACCGUCAUGUUGCCUGCUGUUUUUGCACAACCUGAGAAUGGCUGUUCUGCUUCUACCACCAAGUUAUCAGGCCUUGUUGCACUAAUUCGUAGAGGUGAAUGUGACUUUAUAACCAAGGCCACGGUUGCCCAAGAAGGAGGUGCAAGAGGUGUUGUGAUAAUAAAUGAUAAAGGAGGUCCUCUGGAGAUGGCUUGUCCUGAUAAAUCUACCAUAUCAAAUGUAACCAUUCCCGUUGUUUCUAUUUCAAAUGAGGGGGCAAAUACGUUUGGUAAACUCGUCAGUGAUGGAAUUAAAGUUUCGGUGAUGUUAUACUCACCAGAUCGCCCUGUUGUGGACUACUCGGUGUCGUUCAUAUGGUUGAUGGCUGUUGGAACAAUUAUUUGUGCAGCUUUUUGGAAAAAAUUUACUCAAUCUAAGGAAAGUGACGACUAUGACCUCACAAGAGCCCCCUCCCCGCCCCCCCCCCCUUUCCCCCCAAGCAAAAAAAAAAAAAAAAAAAAAAGGAAAAGCUCCAAGGUGGAUGAUGACGAAAUUCUGCACAUUACUGCAUGGACUGCUAUUGGAUUUGUUAUCUCAGCAUCCACAUUUCUGGUGCUACUUUACUUUUUCAUGUCUACGUGGUUUGUCUGGCUGCUGAUAUUCCUUUUCUGUAUCGGUGGAAUUCAGGGACUGCAUAACUGUAUAGUGACGCUCAUACUAAGCAAAUGUAGAAGUUGUGAAAAGAAAACAUUGAAUUUACCGCUUCUUGGGGAGGUCACUAUUCUGUCAAUAGUUGUCCUAGUACUUUGUGUGGGAUUCGCCAUCUUCUGGGCUUUAAACAGGAAAGAAUCAUACUCUUGGAUUGGCCAAGACAUUCUUGGGAUUGCUUUGAUGAUCACUGUUCUGCAAUUGGCUCAAUUGCCUAAUAUAAAGGUUGCUACAGUACUUCUCUGCUGCGCGUUCGUCUAUGACAUCUUCUGGGUUUUCCUAUCUCCUACUAUAUUCCAUGAUAGUGUUAUGAUUUCUGUUGCUAAAGGCAACAAUGCUGGUGGAGAAACAAUCCCGAUGCUUAUAAGAGUUCCUAAAUUGACAGAUCCUUAUAAAAGCUUUGAUAUGCUUGGCUUUGGGGAUAUUCUCUUCCCUGGUUUGCUAAUUUGCUUUGCGUACAGAUUUGAUGAAGCUAGAAACAAGGGAUCACUAAAUGGAUACUUCCUUUGGCUGAUGAUUGGUUAUGGGACCGGUCUUGGCUUUGCUUACUUGGCCAUGUAUUUAAUGAACGGACAUGGUCAACCCGCUCUCCUGUAUCUCGUGCCGUGCACACUAGGAACUUGUGUGGUACUGGGGGCGGUGAGACACGAACUGAAAGACCUUUGGAAUAAUAGCGAUGAUACAGAACAAAAGGCUGAAACACGUCUAGGAAGCACGCGUCUGGGAAGCGCACGUCUGGGAAGCGCUUGAUAAAGCUUUCGAAGAAAAAUAUAAAGCUGACAAGCUGAAGCCAGUGGUAUGUGGCAUGCUGCAAAAGCUGUUCAUAGAGUUUGAAGUUUACCAAAGGAAUACUUCACUAUCUUUCUCUUUAUGUAUAAUUUAUGUAUAUCAUUCAUCUUUUUGGUUCUUUCACAUUCAAUUAAUUUCAUUGCAGCUUUACCUUGAUUAUCAUGUAACAUCACAAUAAUCACAGAACAAGGAGAAUGUUGUAACUCAUUGAAUUACUUUCAAUAGUAAAUAAUUCACAUUUCUAUUA